AGGCAAUGACGCUGAUAUAUUCAGACUAUCUCCCAGCUGAUGGGUCAGUAUCUAAACAAAUGAUGUCCACCCAUCAAUCAUUCCUCUACUUCCUGCAAUUGAAUUUCCCAGGAGGAGUCAGCAGAUCCUCUCAAUCUUGAAGAUUGACAAGAAGUCCCUGUGGACUCCCUAACUCUACCCAAGAUGAUCGGGACGGGUCCUUGACGCUCAGAUUUUAAAAGCCCCACCUUCAGAACAAGACAAGAAAACUCAUAGGGAAAGUUACAGUUAUUGCAGGUUCUGGAAAGGAGCAGAACAUGAAGGGAUUGAGAAGUCUGGUGGCAACAACCUUGGCUCUUUUCCUGGUGUUUUCUUCCAUGGGAAACUCCAGCGGUGCACCGCAGAGACUCUUUGAGAGAAGGAAUUGGACUCCUCAGGCUAUGCUCUACCUGAAGGGCGCACAGGGCCGCCGCUUCCUCGCAGACCAGAGCCGGAGGAAGGACCUCUCCGACCGGCCGCCGCCCGAAAGACGAAGCCCAAACUCCCAACUACUGACUCUUCCAGAGGCGGCAGCUCUGUUACUGGCUUCCUUGCAGAAACUACAAGAAGCUGGAGAAGAAAAUUUUGAUCAAACCAGAUUCCUAGAAGACAGUCUGCUAAACUGGUGAAAAUAGACCAGAUUACAUUCAAUUACAGUUCUGUUCUUGCUGAAAAGAUGAACCACGUGAAUAAAACCCGCAGACCCUUUUACUUCAUUUGUAAUCUUAGGAACACGCACAGCUAGAUUUAUUCUUCUGGAUGCAAAAUAAUGUAGAGUUCUUAGCAGAGAACUUCAUUGCCUUCUUUCAUUGCUUCCAGUCCUGUUUAGAUCACUUUGUGUCUUACUCUUGAAUUUUUUAGAGCAUUUUUGAUUGUAAGGCUGAAGACCCUUUAGACUGUCUUUUGUUAAAACAGAUAUCCAUUUUGGUCUAAUAAUUCCUAGCGGUUGCUUUUUUCAUGCUGUCACCCACUUGCAUUGUCUUGUCACUCAGCAGUAAAUCUCCCUUUCCUUCUCCCCUUUCCCAUCCCCAGGGAGAGUGAGGGAGAAGCAUAGUGGGAUGGGAAAGAACAGAGUGUGAUUCUCUUAGCAGUUAUCCAGGAGAGGUAAGUUGUUAAGAAGGGAAGUGGGAGCGGGUGAGUGGGCAGGAGGCCUGUGGUAGAACGCUUCAGUGUGGCUGCUGAGAGAGGUGGCUAGAGGUGAGGCUGGAGCAGGUGGAAGCUUCGCUGAUGUUCCACAGCCAGGAGCUCCCCCCUGUGUUCUUUGGAGACCUCCCCGACUUUAGACACAUGGGUCUAAAAGUUACUGGGAAAUAAGCAAAUGGAGACACACUCUGCUCCUGUGUACAUUGUACAAAAGGAACAAACCAGUUUUUUAGAGGUAACCCAUUUUCCAUGGCUAAACAAACUCAAAGACUGCCUACUCCAAUUGACUAGAACUCUAGUCUUUAUUUGACAUCAAACAUUACAUAAAGGCACCCUGAUAACGUAAGUGCGUGGUAAUAUCCCUAAUUUGUUUCUUUUCAAAGUCAACUUGGGUUCAAUACUAUCUGAAAAAAAGAAAAAAAAUAUAUAUAUAUGCACAUACAUACCUACAGCAAACACAAUAAUAUAUUUAUUUGGAAUUAUGACUAUCAUGUUAAUUAUUUUUGACCUAAUUAAUUGAGAAUAUUAUUCAUAAAUACCAUAAGUGGAAAGUAUUAUUAAUUCUUACUAUCAUCAGUAUAUAGCCAUUAUUCAGUACUAAGGAAUAUUUUUGUGUGAAUGCCUUUGUAACUUGGAAUUACAGUUUCAUUGUGUUGUACAGUCAAAACUGUGCUUAUAAGAUUUGUCUGUAUCUUGUUUCAUAAUUGAGUAACGAAACUAUAUUCAAGUUAAUGUAAAUUGACCUCUGUUGAAAAAAAUAUGCUAGCAUUAAAAAAACCUGUGGUAUCAUAA